UCUCCAUGGUCUUGGACCAGGGAAGCAUAUGGAAGUGAGUGAGUUAGUGAGUGAAAGAGAGAAUGAUGGCUAUGGAGGAGAAGAACCAUUUCCUAUUCAGCCACCAACCCUGCCUUGAUUGGGAUCUACACAACUUUGAACUUGAAGAUCUUCAUGUUCACAUGCCUUUGGUCAUGGAGUCUCCUUUGUCAUCAUUGUCUUCUGAGGCUUCAACAGGAUACCUUCAAGAUGCAGUGACUGAGUGGAGUGAUAGGUGCAAGAGGAGAAAAACCACUACUGCUACCUCUACUGCUGUCUUUUGUCCUAAGGACUUUGAGUUUGAGUUGCCAUCUCAUGGCUUUGAUGAUCACCUUCAAGGGUUUUGGGAUUCUUCAACAUGCCAUAAAGAAGAUGAUCCCUUGAAUUUUCUACUCCAAGACAAUAACAGCUACAACAACCACCACAAAGUAGCACUGGACCCUCUCAAAGAAGAAGAAGAAAAAAAAGAUAAUGGUGUUGUGGCUCAUCAUCCCACCAAAAACCAACAUGAAGAAAAAGAGCAACCCAAACCAUCCCAUCAAUUCACUACACUGAAACAACUUGCUCUCAAAGAGAGCAAUAUUGAGAGUAGUAGUACAAUGAAAGCAUCAAAAAAGGAGAAGAAGCAGGCAAUGGGAGUAGUGUAUCCCUUUGCAGUGGUGAAGCCAGGUGGGUUGGAAGAGGAGGUGACAUUGGAGGACAUCAAUGAGAGGUUGUUGAUGAGGCCAAGCCGGCCGGUGCGCCACCCGGUCGGAGAGUUUGCAUGCUUGCCUUGUGUCUCCGGUGAUGGACCCGGGCUCUCCGGCAAGGCUGUGGUUGGUCUCACAAGGAUUCAUACUCAAGGGAGAGGAACUAUCACCAUUAUAAGAACAAGAGGUUGAUCAUGAGUUUUCUUUCUUUUUCCUCUUUUUUACUUUUUUUUUAGUGGUUUAAUAAGCGUUUUAAUGCAUGUAUAGAUGAUGAAGGAACUCUCUUUUCUAGAUAGCUUUAUGUAAUGUCUACUAAGUAGAUGGUUAAUUAGUUAUUAUUAAUAAUUCAGAGAAUGGGAUGAA